GUGACGUCAUUUUCCGCAGAGACAGCUGAUGUAGAACUCUGCCGCUUCUUCCGCAACCUGCACUGGAAUAAAUGUUGACACACAAUCGUUUAGAGGUAGUUCUAGUUUUAUAAAGGUAUACAGUAUGUUGUACAGAGAAAGAAUACCGCUGUUAUGGCUUUUCGUGCAAGCUACGUUCGUCUUGGCGUGGUGUUUCACUGACAUGGAUCCUGGGCCUGGUGCAGGUGUAUCGACACAGCCAAACGGAGACCGGUUUAAAAUCGAGGGAAGAGCGAUAGUUCCUGGGGUGAAAACGCAGGACUGGGUCUCUACGGCCAGAGUACUGGUUGAGGGUGAAGAAUACAUUGGGUUUUUAAGAACUGAUGGAAGUUUUGCUGUAAAUGACAUUCCUUCAGGAUCUUAUGUUGUUGAAGUCAUCACCCCCACAUACAGAUUUGAGCCUGUGCGUGUUGAUAUUACAUCCAAGGGUAAAAUGAGGGCACGUCUUGUAAACUAUAUCAAAACUUCAGAGGUGAUUCGCCAGCCAUAUCCACUUCAAAUCAGGUCUUCUGGUCCUCACAGCUACUUCAUGAAGAGAGAAACAUGGGGCUGGACGGACUUCCUUAUGAACCCAAUGGUUAUGAUGAUGGUUCUGCCCCUGCUGAUCAUUGUUUUACUGCCCAAGGUGGUCAACACCAACGACCCAGAGAUGAGAAAGGAAAUGGAGCAGUCCAUGAACAUGCUAAACCCCAACCCCGAGCUUCCAGACGUCUCUGAGCUCAUGACCAAGCUGUUCUCUGGCUCCAAGGGCUCCAGCAAGGCAGGCAGCAGCAGCAAGGGCACCAGGCCAGCAGCCAAGAGGAGGUAGUACUGUAUCUGUUUGCAAAGAUCCACCUAAAGAAGCUUGACUUAUCCCAUGGAAGCAGGAUUUUUAAGUGUAAUUUUUCCCCUUCUGGGUCUAUUGGACAGAUUUCUUUAUUAGUAGAUGUUUUGAGCACAUCUUGAUUUCUAAUAUUAUAUUGGAAACUGAAUGGAACGUUUUUUUCUUCAUACUGCACUGAUUAAAUUAUCUGUAAAAGCUGUUAUUCAUCUGCUCUAUACAUACAUCCUACGUGUAACUUUGCUAUUCAUCAGUCUUUCUUUUUCUAACCCUCCGUUUUGUAUUUUUCCACUGCUGCUAAUUUACCACCUGAAAAGAGCAUAUAUACAUAUUGAGAGAUUUUCUUCUGUCGAUUUCCCUAAUAUGACUGUGAAUGAAUAAAAUUUUAAUUUUAAGAUUGAUAAAUUCUUAUUUAAAUGCCUAGAUGAAUAAAUUGCAAAGAUAUAUGACAAGUGUGUUUUUAUUUUAGACUUCAUUUGUUUGAAAGUAAAGACAUGAAAUUCUUAUUCCUUAAAUCAUUGGGUACUGUAUGGCUAGAAGUCACAUACUGUACAUUUUGUGCCUGAGGUGUACAGAUUCAAAUGGAUAAAAAAGUCGGUAAAGAGCUGUGUGGUUGCUUUUAAGAUCUCUAUUGAGUGUUUUUGGUUUUACUUUAAAUAAAAAUGGAGAGUAAAUAUUAAAGUCAUUAACAAAUGUG